GGACACUUGUCGAAAAUCCACAUGGGUUUGGUUUCGAUGGGAGCUCCUGAGGUUAACUACCUGCUGCGCAUUCAGUUGCAGGUUGUGAGAGAUUCGAAACGAGUGUCGAGAUCUAUUAGUCCACCUUUCUCGGCGACAGGUUGCAGUGCAUUUAAGUGGAAGCAGAAGCGGGGCGUCUAGGUUGGAGUCACUCGAUUUGAUCAGGCUGGUGAGUGCAAAUUCAGUCAGCUCUGCUGUCGGAAGGUAUAUACAAAUAAACAAUGAAUGGCGAGGUGAACGGAGAGGAGGCCACAGCGUGGGCUGGAGGCGGUGAGGGUUGGAGGUCUUCAGUUACAUUCGGUUAUGCAAGGGUAAAGGGUUUGCGGGAUCAUCCCAUUGAAGAUUACCACGUUGCUAGAAUGCAAUCCUUCAAUGGCGAAGAAAUCGGCUUAUUUGCGGUAUACGAUGGCCAUGCAGGCACCGAGGUUGCAUCUUACUUGGAACAAGAACUCUUCGAUAAGAUUUUGGCAGAUCCCAACUUUAGGGACGACCCGAAGAAGACGAUCAAAGAGACAUACUUCUCCAUGGACAAGAGAAUAUUGGGUAAGGCAGAAAACGAGAAGGAUUUCAGAGCAGGGUCAACAGCCACCACUGCUUUCCUGCUCGACGGCGGCUCACGGCUCGUUGUGGCAAAUGUUGGAGACUCUCGAGCUAUUCUCGCUAGAAAUCGCAAAGCUGUAGAAGUCAGUGUUGAUCAUGAACCUCAGAAACCAGAGGAGCGUGAAAUGGUGGAGUCUAAAGGGGGCGAGGUUGCUGUAUCACCUAUUGGAGGAGUGUAUCGGGUUGACAAGAGAUUGAAUAUGACGCGUGCAUUCGGAGACUACUCGAUCAAGGAGCAUUUGAGUGUGGAACCUGAUAUUUGGGACAACAUUCUGACUGACGACGACGAUUUCUUUGUCGUUGCCAGUGAUGGGCUGUGGAAUGUUAUGAGUAAUGACGAAGCCGUUGAGCAUGUUCUAGCUCAGACGACUGCAGAAGGAGCUGCGAAAGUGUUGGCAGCUGCUGCCCUUAGGAGGGGAAGUAGGGAUGACAUUUCAGUUCUUGUUGUGUGCCUCAAAGAUCUGAGUUCUUUGAGCUAAAUUUUUCAAUUGUUACCAUUCAAGGUCACUUAGUUCUGGUAUUUACAGUACAGGCGCUCAAACUAACUCAGAAAUGCUGAACAUUUGGUUUUGGACAAGAAUUGACAUUUCGAUGCUAAGGAAAUCUUCGGAUUUUUGUAUCAAGAGCUCCUAUUUCAAAUUAGUAAAUAAAUUAUUCCGUACGCUCAGUAAGUAAAGCGUGCAAAAUA